AUGGCGACCAAGGUGAAGGGUAUUUUUAAAGGCCUAAGAUACAUAUCACAAAUAUUUGAUGAAAAAGAACCAGAAAUGCAAAUUGGCUAUCCCACAGAUGUAAAACACGUUGCGCAUAUUGGAUGGGACGGUCCAUCUGCAGAUUCACCGAGCUGGAUGAGGGAGUAUAAAUCUACCCAAGAAGACUCAUCCGGGACAUUGGAUUCUUUUGGAGAAGCCACAUUGUCAUUUGAAGAUAAAAAGCCAAGUGGCCCUGAAAUUCAAGAACCACUGCUUGGAAAUAUUAGAUCAUCAAGUAAUGGUUCACCUGGUAUCUCCCCACGCUGGAGCUUAGAUGCACAAAAGUCCUCGAGGCAUCACAGCUUAAUGGAUUCGUUGGAUUCUCCAACACCAUCACCAUCACCAUCACCAUCACCAUCUAGCACAACACGACACACGAGGCGUCUCCGGAAUUCAAACCAUGGACAUGACUCACCAUCACAAGACUCGCCUCCUGUCCCCAAAUACUCUCGACGGAGGAAAUCAAAGGGAUCAUCUGGAUCUAGUGGUGGCUCAAUAAGGUCGUCGAGGAGUAAAGGCCAGAAUUCAUUACCAGACAUUCCUUUCUCGGACACGGUAUUCGGGCCUGGAUCUGGGCAUGAUGUGAAGAACAAUGAGAGUAAUCUAAUCUCAGUUUUGGAAGAGAAGGAAGAGGGAGGAGGACAUAUGUGAUUUUUAAUUUAAUCUAAUCUAAUUGAAGACGUGACUAUAAUUGA